UUGAAAAGGAAAUGUGUAUAGCGAAGCGUGUGUGUGGCUAUAUUUAGUUAUUAAAGAAGCAUUCAAAUGCUUUUUCUUUGUACUACGUGCUGGCGUGUGUGGGGAAAAGUGAAAAAGCUUCUCCUGCCGAAGACGGUGAAGUGGCAGAAGUCGACCAAUUCGUCAGUUUCACAGCACGUUUAAAAUAAAAAAUAAAAAAAAAUAUACAAAAAAAUAUAAAAACAAUGAAUACAAAAACAAACUAAUUAAAAAACAAGUAAAAAAGGGCUAACUUCGGUCGUAACCACCAAAUAUUUUAUAAACAUUAUGGGAGCAAGAGGAAGUAUUGGCCCGAUUGGUGUAGAGUUUAUUAUAGGAAAUUUUGGCUCUGAACUUCUGUAGAAUAUCUGAGAGAUUUGCCGAUAAUUGCGGUAAAAUAUUAGCGAUAUACACUCAUGUGUUCAUAUUCGGCACCUGGGGUCUUCAAAAGUUAUAAUUCAAUUUCGAAAAUUUUUAGACUAGCGAUACGACACCUCAAAUGUAGUAUUUUUGAAGAAAUUUCAUUCCGAAAUCUCCAACGGAGUUUGAUUAAAAAAAUAACGGGAAUUACAAAAUUAUAAAUUUGAUGGGUUUGGAGAGUUCGUUGUUUAUUCCUGAGUUCUUGGCCAAAAACAAUACUGUAACGAUCCACCAGCCUUCAUAUUCGUGCUAUUUUCCUAUUACUAAAGAUAAAGAAUUAAAGGGUCAUCGUUUCACAAGCAUAGGAGAAAAAGGCUAUCCCAAAAAUCGAGUUUGAGAAAUGUUUCGACGAUUGAUAGAGGCGGCAUAUGUGCAUAACAUCGAAUGGCGACUAUUUUAGAGACGACAACAUUAACGUAGACGAAAGCAUUUUUUUUCAAAACAACUAAAAUUACCGUUAUUUUUUAACACAUCCUUCAAUAUUGUAAAGUGAAGUAUUAUUGGGAAUACUAAUCAAUUAUCAUAUGCAAUUGAAAACAUUGUUAUGGGUUGUUAAGUUGGCGUGAUUGUGGACCGAUUUCGCGCAAUUUCAAACUGCAACCAAAGUCCAUAAGUUGUCGGCAAAAUGCGUUGUUCCUGCUUAAUUUUCAUCUUGACAUUCAACUCUGCUUUGCAUUCUACUCAUCCAAUAAAGAUGGUAAAAUUUACGAAUCUGAAAUGUGCAACGCUCGAUAAACCAUUUGCCGAUUUCGCCAAUUGCAAACUCAAAGCGUUGUCACGCGAUGAAGUAGCACUCUCGUUGCGUGUUAAACUCUUCGCAGUGCCGGUGAAUAAUGUGAGCCUAAAAUUGGAAUUCUUUAAGAAAUUCAAUGGUUAUCGACCUUUCCUAUUCAACAGAACUCUCGAUUUUUGUGCCUUUCUACGUAAUCAAAAGAGUGUCGGAUUUGUUCAUAUAAUUGCAAAAUUUGUAGAAAGCUCUUCAAAUAUCAAUCAUACUUGUCCUUAUAGCCACGAUAUCAUCAUUGAUGGACUUAUACUAAAACCACAAUAUUUUUCAUUGCUGCCACUGCCAGCGGGAGAAUAUCGUUGGAAGAUUACAUUUGGUACUUAUAAUGAUUGGAAAGGUAUUGUGGAUGUAUUUGUACAAUUCUGGGAAUAGCCUUACAGAAAUAAAUAUCCAUUAAAUAUGCCUUUUAUAACAUGCUUGAAGUGAACUCUUAUUAAGAGUUAAUAAAGUGAUAAGGAUUUGCGACUUCGUUUAGA